UGUCAUGUGUACAGGAGGAGAUUCUCAUUGGAGGCAAAGAGAAAGAAGAUUGCUAUGCAUGUUUUGAGGACAAAAAAGGGAUACAAGGAAAACAAAAAGCAUCCUACACACUGAAGCCAUCUUGGUGGCACUACACUCUACACUACACUGGACUCCACAUCUGACUGCCGUUAAGUAUCUUGGGGGAAAAAAGGCUCUAAUAAGUGUGGAAUAAUGUUCUCCAAACUGAAGUGGCUGAUUGUGAUCCAGCUCCUGUUGAAUGAACAGGCUCUGUGCAGGGUCCCACCUCCUCUGGCUCUGAGAAACACAGCACUUCCAGGAGCUGACUUCAAUGAAGUGGGAGAGGAGCACGCCAAACAGGAUCAUCAGUCUCUCCUGGGAUCCAAACUCCAGCUCCAAUCUGCAGAAAAACCCGAUCCUGCAUUAACAGUUACACAAGAAGAGAAAAGAGUUCGAUCUGCAAAAAAUAUCAUAUCAGUCCUCAGGGCGAAGCUUCAGAUUCAAGAUCAUCUCCACAUUCAGGGGAACGUCAGCUGUGAGGAGCUGCUGGCUGCCAGCACCGUGGACGACCCCUCAUCCUCCAUGUUCCCCCAGGAGCUGCUGGGUCUGUCUUUAGUGCCCGUGCUGGUGGUGGCAGGGUGUCCGCAGGAGGCGCAGACCCUGGUUCUCAAACUGUAUGACCUACUGGGAUUAGCAGAUACAGAGGAGCUCCUGAUGGAGGUGGAGGAUCUGAUAGGGAAGAGAAUGAGGAAGUCCACGCCUACACCUGCAUCAGGAGCAUCGCCUUCAGGUGGGGAUCGAGCAGAGCGCCACAUUGAGGCUGUGAUGUUUAACAUCCAGCAGCUGGCCGUAGUGGGAGAAGGUUCCUCCAAGCAGGAGGGGCAUUGUGAGGGUUGGACGAGGGUGAGUGGAACCUCGAUGGCAGGAGCAGCGGUGGAAGGAGCCAAAGGUGAUCUGGAGGAGGCUCUGAGCGCCUGCGAGAGACUGGGAGUCCUGUGCGCUGGCGUGACGAGCAGUGGACCACUCAAACCUGGAAAGUACCAGGCAGUGUUUAAGAAAGGCAGUCGUGUCCUGCCCUCUGAAUCCACAGCGUCUGAAUGUUGGCUCCAUCAGUGCAGCACAGAGGAGGAUGAUUUGACCCCGGCUGCCUCAGGUCGACGGAUGAAGCGAAGCCCCCAGAGGAGCUGCAUCAACAAAAGCGAGGAGCGUGUGUACAAUGUGGUGGAGUGGAUCCCUGCAGUGAGCACCCUCUAUAACCUCGGCACAGCUGUGUAUUACGCCUCAGUCAACUGCUCCGAAACAGCCAAGCAGAGAGCCAUCCUCAGCGCCGUUGACCUUGGCACGGAUGCUCUCAUGGUCGCCACAGGGGGGACCGCCGGGGUCGCAGGCUACGCCCUGGGCGCAGGGGUGAAGACUGGCGUGAAAGCUGGUGUCAAGUAUCUGCUCAACUCCAUGAGGGAAGAAGAUGACGUGCUGGUGAACCAGUUCAGCUGGGAGGAGGGUGUCAUCACCAUCCAGUAGACACAAGGAUCAAUAAUGCAGCCUGUGAAGCUUUAGCAAUAAAUAUGAUUAGUUUAUACAUUUUUAAAAACAUGAUCAAUGUUUGGUUUUUGAGUAACACAUUUGCUUUAUCAGACUUUAUAUAAUCUAGGUUAUUUGGAAGAUUACACAUUUUUGUAUUACUCAAUGGAUUACCAGAAUAACGAUGAAGGGAAAAAAAGCUUUUUUUUUUGGUUUUGUGGACUGCGCACACAAAUUUCAUUUUAUACCGUUUGACACAAUAAGUAUUCUUUUUUGAAGAUGACGUCAGUGAUUUUUUAAUUUGUCUGUAAAUUAUGUGAAUCGGAAUUAGAAAAUUCAGUCAGAGUAAAACAUUUCUUACGCAUGAAUUGUAAGCAGUCUCAGUUAUAUAUACACAUACACACACACACAUAUUAUAAGUAAACUUUGGACCUUUUUGCUUGUAGAAAAACAGCACUUUUGUGCGUAAUGGAUAAAACAGUCAAACAAUGUAUCAUCAGCAACUUUUGAAGAACUGGUCUCAGGAAAUUAAACCUUCAAUCCCUCAAUACUUUUAUGUUGCUCUCCAUCUAAUGUCUUUUUUUUUGGUCACUGUCCUUCAUCACUCUUAUUGUUUUCUUCUCUUCCAUGGAAAUGUUGUUUUGUCAGGUCAAAGUCACAUUCCCACCUCUUGUGUUAAUUGCAGGGACAAUAGACUGAGAACUCAGUUUUGUUGUUUUAUAUGUUCUUUUUUCUGUAAAUGUCAAUAAAUUGUGUAUUAAAACUAUAUGUAUGCAGUGA